CUUGUAAAAAAAACUUAGGAAAACUCCUUACGUGCAAUUGGACCCCGAACAAGUCAGUCAUACGUUUGGCUGGCGGGGCAGGGAAACACCCAAGAAAGUUUCUCACUAAUGUUCAAACAAAAGAGUGCGGUAGGCUAGUCAUAGACUAGACAGUGUUGUGAGCACACGUUGGAGAAGCGCAAAUUAUUGACAGCUUAGAACAAAGCUCUGCAGUUAUAGAAACGUUUAUCGGUUUUAUUUUAAUAAGCCACGAUGAUGUCAUACUUGUGGAUUUUCUUGCUUGCAACUCUUGUUACGGGAGUGAAAUCGGAAGAGGGAGAUGUAGCAGAGGCAGAAGCAUUGCCAACAGAUUCAACUCCUGAGGAAGCAGUCGCUCCUGAAGAAGGUUCGCCAACAGAGUCUGUCCCAGAGGACGCGGCUGCACCAGAUGAAGAAACAGCCACAGGAUCUCCAGCAGAGGAAGAGGCUGCAGUAGAGGAAGAGGCUGCAGUAGAAGAAACUGCAGCAGCACCAGAAACAUCAGAGGGUGAAGAGGCACCCACAGAAGGAACUGCAGUUCCACCAGCCGAGGAAGAAGCAGAAGGGGGAACACAAGGUGAAGCUGACUCCGCUGAUGAAACUGCUCCAGAGGCAACUGAAGCACCGUCACCGUCAGAAGAGGAGGCCCCAGUGGAAGGUGGAUCUGACCCUGCCACAGAGGAGACCGAUGUUGCAAUAGAAGCUCCAGUGUCAAAGGGGGAAGUGGAACCUGUUGAAGGUGGAUUUGAUCUAAGUGAUGCUUUUGAACCAGCCAAUGACCCCCCUGCUGACUCAGGUCCCGUUGAGGGCAAAGGAGCACGCUCUGCUGGAGCUGCAUCUGGCCCGGAUGGAGCUGCUGAAGACAGAGAGGCUGGAUCGGGUAAAAUUGCUGGUAUUCUGGCUGCAGUUGGAGUAGCGAUUGUUGGGGCAGCUUCCGGUUACUUUGCCUACCAAAAGAAGAAGCUUUGCUUCAAACCCGAAGCUGAUGCAGAGAGUGCACAUAAAGCAGACCCUGCCACACAGGCUGAGCCUCAGGUUCUCAGCAGCCUUCUGAGUUCAUCAUAAAUGGUGGUUAUUGGGGAGAGGUCUGCAACAUGAAUGCUGAUGUCUACUGAGUUGUAGUUGGAGUGAAGUACAUCAUUUUAGGACCUUAAUGUGAAAUGUGGAUUUUAAGAUUAGCUGGAAUGUGCGUAAUUUGAAGGCAGAUAUUUGAGAGUAUUUGGCGAAGAAUGUGAAAAAGUGUUACAUUGGUCCAUCUUUAAUGUUACCUCCAAGUAGUGCCUUAUCUCUGCAGGGAAAGGAAGCAUUCGCCUUAUCUUUAACUUCAGUACAUUUUAGAUAAAAGUCUGUUUAAUGAUCAUUAUACAUUUUAGGAUACAAUAAUGUAUAAAUGUUGGAUUGGUUGGGUGACUGGUUUGGUUAAACAUGCAACAUUUUUGAGGUAAUAAUUUAAAUGUGUUGGUAUUAUAGCUUUUUCUGGGGAGAAGCACUUUCCUUUCAAUAGAUGCUCUGAUAGAUUUUUACAUUAUUCAUGUCUGAUUUUUAUGUUUUAUGAUGUUAGCCCUUGUCAAUUUUGUCAUGCUAUUGUUUGGACUUGUAGCACUUCUACUUUUUGGAAUGCUGUAAAUACUGAUCAACUAAAUAAAGUGGGAUUUUCGUGUG